GCAACUAUCUUGGCCUGUUGGGGACAAUUCGGCCAUACCAGCCCCUCCUUAUUAAAACCUGCAGAUGUGCUUUUCAGAAGGAACAUAUAUUCAUCUUUUGAUUCGCUGUAUAAUCAGCUUUGGAACCGAGUUUGUUCAAAUUCUUUUAAAAUAUUCUUUUUAAAUUUCUUUGAUUAGCGAGAGAAAAACUUGAAUAAUGGAACCCUGGAGUGCGUCUGACAAACUAGGUUGUUGAACAAUUCUGGAGACAUUAGGUAAAUGUUACUUAUGUUUUUCUGAAUUCUCAUGACAACGGAAUGGUUAAUCAAAUAAAGGUUUGACUCGAUAGAGAUGCCCAAGCGCCCCUUCUGUGAGGCAGACGGCGAAGUCACUUCUUCCUCUGACAAAACAUGGAAUUGCACGGAAUUGUCAACAGUGCCCUUCUAUUUCUUGCUCUCUGUUUGCCAGUGUGUGAUGCUAAUAAAAGGAAAAACAAUGUUGGAAGCUUGGAAUCUUGGGGUCCAUGUAUUUGGGAGAACUGUCAAUAUGGCAUUCAGACCAAAUCUAACGCGACCCAAAAAUGCUCUGAGUCCUACCCAACAUCCUGCUACCAGCCGACACCAACAGCCAAGGACUUACUAUCUGUGACGAAGACCUUGGAAGACCUUUCCCGUGGCGCAGAGUCCACAAUCGACCUUACCAAAGCCAAUUUUUUACCAUCCCCAUCGUCAAACACACAUAGCACAACGACUACGAAACAGAUAGAACACCAGAUCACGCCAACGGCCGCCAUGUCAUUGAACGCAACACCCUCGAUCGUUCUUGUGACGCCUGACGAGGAUGCCGUGAUAACCACGCAAGCAACUGCCUUUGAAAAAAGCACCUCAUCUCUAGUAGCAGCCAAGUCCGGCAAGCACCCUCCUCCAACGGCUGCACCCCUUGAGGAACCAGACAAAGAAGAUAAUACCCCCACCACCCAAACAACUGCAUUUGAAAAAAGCACCCCUUCUCCAGUAGCUGCCAAAUCCGACGAGCACCUCCCUACAACGGCUGUCCCCCUUGAGGCCGUAGAUACUAAGACAACUGAGAAUGACUUCAAAGAGUUCAAUGUUGAUAUGAAGAUCGACAAGGAAUUCACGCCGGAGCUGAACGAUAAGACAAGCGAGGAGUUCAGACGGUUGGAGCAAACAUGUAUUGAGGCCAUUGUCAAAACAUUUGAGGGCGACACGAGUUUUGUCAAGGCGGAAGUUAAUAAGUUUCUUCCUGGGAGCAUCAUUAUAAGUUCCAGCUUGUAUUUUUCUCGUGGCUCAUCUCCUCCAGUCAGCAGAGUCCAGUCCUCUCUCGAGCAAAGCAGCAGCCUCCGAAACCUGGGCAUGACGUCACUGUCUGUACAAGAUCGUACAGUCGACUCGUCUUCCGCAGAGGAUGAUGAGAAGGGGCUACCGAUGCACGUCUACUUACUGAUAGGGGGAGGGGCCCUCUUGCUGUUUGGCGCAGUCUUGUUCCUGUACUCUAAGAUAAAACAAAGACGACAGCAUGCACGAGCGCCUGCCAACACAGAACAGGCAUCAGAUGGAGGUGAAGGACAUAAAGACGCUUAGACAAGACGGACUCCCGCGUAGCCUCUAUAAGAUAGCGAAGAAAGGACGAAAAAAAGGCGUUUUUUUUUAUGAGGGUUUCCUGUGGAAAAAUAACCCAAAAAUGUCAAAUGUCGCAGGCCAGUCCUCAAAACCCUAAACACAGGAAGCCCAAUCACAAAAAAGGCUAAUUGUCUUUCUCGCGUCGCUAUUAGCGCACCAACUAUAAGUUAUAUUUACUAGCGUUUAGAAUCAUCUCAAUCUCAUCACUUAUUAGGCCGGGAGUCAGAAAAGAUUAUGGUUUAUGAAACAACCUUAAUUAAAAGGUGCUCUAAUAAGUAUUUGCUCUAAGUAUUUUAUGGCGCUGAUUAUCCCUUUUGGUUUAUCAGUAGAAAAUUGCACAAUAAUCAAGGGAAACUACUUGUACUAGAUUUUCAGCAAAAUGUAUCUAGAAGAAUGAGAUGGUGUUCUGCAUGAUAGUUGAACAGGUUUCAAGAUACAGGUAGAUCAAGCCAAAACAAAAACUUUUAGAAUUAAAGACGGUGCUUGAAAAAAAAAA